AUGGAGUUUGACUUGAAAAAGGCGACUGUGAAAGGGUUAGGAUUACAAGCGGAAGACCUAAAAAUUUCUGGAUUUGAUUUGAGAGACGCCUUGGUGGGUCGGUCUGUUGCCUAUGAGUUCGAUGUGGAGAUUGAUAAUAAAAUUCUUCCUUUUAAGCUCUUGGAGGAUGUAAACCGAUGGGAAGACGUAGAUUUGCCUAUAUUCCAAGAGGAGAAUGCCUUGGCUGAAAGGCGGGGAAUGGAAAAUAGGUUGCCUGUUUUGUCUCCGUUUCAGCUGGCAGGUCCAAUGGAAUUGUGGAUACAGGACGCCAAAGAUAUGAGGCUUUCAUUGCCAUCACUUAGCUUUCACAUGUGUCCUUCUGGAAUGUUUUCAUCAAAUGCAACAGAACUUAAGCAUGAUGUUGAUGCGGGUGUGUUGAGAAAGGUCAUCUUAGCUGAAGGUGCCAUGGUCACUGUAAAAGGUGCCAGAUCAGUUAGCUUGCGGCAUCCAAUUGAGCUCCCACUUCCCCUAAACCGAUCCCAAAAUAGUUUUGCUUCGGGUCUUCUUGCUCUGGCUGAACACCUCCGCCACACUUCCUGCACCCAAAACUCUCCCCUGCUCUCCCUCCGCAUCGUGGGCCCCACCUCUCUCACCUCCCCAUCUACCUCACCCUCUUCCACUAACAGGCUCAAGCUCAAGCGCCUAGCCCCAGGACUUGUGGAGCUAUCCUCGCUAUCAAAGACCAAGUCACCCGAAUCAAUAUCCACCAUCCAUCUCCAAGGAGAAGCCCCUACCCUUCUCACUCCCAAACAUUUCACCACACUCUGGCCUCUUACUUCAAUCAAUGGCUCCAACUCUAAUUUGCGUGGUUUUGAGAAGCUCCUUUAUUCAGUUUUGGGCCAAAGGCUGACGAGGAAGGCAGAUGUGUCUGCUCAGACAUUUGUAAAGAUAGGUUUUGGAAUAGAGAGAGAAUUGAAACAAGGGGAGGGAUCUGGGUGGGAGGGUUUUCCCAAGUGGAGGACCAAGCCUGAGACCGUGAAGAUGCAUUUUGAGGUGUUGGCUAAGGUUGAUGGAGACAAGGUUGUACCGGAGAGGGUGGUGCCAGUUAAUCCCGUUGAGGUGGAGGACUCUGUGGCACAAAAUGUAAUUGAGCGAAACAAGACCAUGACAAAGAUUCCCAUCUUCCACCCUCCUGUCAGUCCAUUCUACUUGUGA